UCGAGUGGGUUUUGGGGUCUCUAGAUGUGGAAGUCAGUCGCACUGGGAACGUAGCUGUAGCAAAAUGGUUGCUCCCAGCAAGCUGUUCGGAUACCCCAUAAGUCAUAUACCGUGCGCAAACAUUGUACACAGCCAGCCCAAUCAGAGCUGCACGCAGGCUCUGCUCUGGAAUCUGUACCGCAAUCAUGUGUCCAGUGCCAAAUAUUAUUUGCCAACAUUGGUGCUAAUGCCGUUAAUUUUGAACUGGCGGCGACUGAGCAAACGUCGUCUGUGGUCGACGGUGAGAAACUAUUUGGAUACCAUGUUUUUUGCUUCCACAAUGAAUGCGCUCACAUUAUAUUUGAUAUGCGCUUGGAGGCGUCUGAACAGACGUUUUGUUUAUUUGUGCACUCCGUUUCUAUCAUGUUACCUGGCAGCGCAGAUCAACUGGUUGGCCCCACCAAAGGUGGUGCAAUUCUUUGUUACGGGCAUGACGCAUGCGGCUAUGGAAGCCGUCCUACGUCAGAUGAAUGCGGGCUUGGUGCGAUCUCGACCAGCUCAGACGCUGCUAUUCAUGUUGUCGUCGCUGCUGGUUCUGCGCCAGCAACAGAAACGUAUAUACUCUGGUUUCUGGUUCAUCAAGCCCGACCAGAUGCCGUUGGAUUACAGCAAGUGGCCCAUACUACGCCGCCUUAAGCAGGCUUCUUUGGAGCUGUGCACCUACCUUGGCAUGGGUUUGAUCAUGGAUUUGUUUAAUGCGUUAAUGCGUGGAAAUUUAAAAAAAUUUAAGAUCAAGUCAACAAGCUUUAUUGUAACCUAUAUGGGAAUAUACAAAUUGGUGCAAGUUCUAGUAGCGGGUAAACUGGAGUUGAAUCAAACCAAUUUACUGGCAGCGUUUCUCAGUGGCGCUUCAUAUGGCCUGUUCAGCCAUAUACCCAUCAGCUAUAUGUGCUUUGCAGUGGUCAUUGCCAUCCAGGCAUUGUAUCAACAGCUGUGCAAAGUUGAUGCCACCCACAAUAAGCGACUUGCUGCCCUGCAGCCCAUACCCUGGGCGAAGCUGCUUAUUCCGCCUGCCAUGGCAUAUCUGACGAACUGCAUGUUCUACGAGCAACAUGUGUUAAGUGGCUUGGCCAAGUCAUUCAUAGACGACACAUGCGAUAACAACGUUCGUCGCAUAUAUACUAUAAUAAAUCAACCCGUGGAAGCAAUACUGAAAAUAGCUCAGGCAGGGCCUAAAACAAAUUUUCUGUUUUAGCUAAAAUCAAAUGAACGUUGGACUUUAAUUCGCUAUUCUUUUAAACAAAUUUAAAGUCGUUAAAAAUUGGAUUUAAAUACUUUUUUGACCCUGUCAGCGCGGCAAUAUCAGCAUGAGUAAUGUGUCGUUGCCACACUGUUAAGAAAUUAAAAAUGAAAACAAAAAUAUUCACAUCAUAUGGCGUUGCCACGUUGUUGGCAAACGCAUGAACAAAUUUAACUUAACUGAAACUAAUUUUUAUAUUAAGAAACGUCUCGCAACUAAUUGAGAAAACGAUCUUGAGUAGAUAUUUCUACAAAUAUGCUAUUAGAAUGCGUCAAUCGCCGAUUCUAUCUGGCUAACAAAUGUUGAAUGUACGUGAUGUGAAUAAAGAGUAUUCAAAAAUCUUUUUAUUG